AUGUAUAAUGCAGGAAAGGAAGAAAGGAAGGAAAAUUAGGAGAAGAAAUUAAUAAUCAAAUGGCGGACAUGAAAGGAAGGGGUGUUAUCUGUGAUGAGAGGUGCGGUUGUCCUUCGCCUUGUCCCGGCGGAGUUACAUGCAGAUGCAAGAGUGGUACAUUCCAGAGCCAGAGCGGUGGCGGUGAAGGGGCGGGGGCGGAGCAUAAGACAUGUUCCUGUGGUGAACACUGUGGAUGCAACCCUUGCACCUGCUCUAAAGCAACACCAUCGUCAGGAAAGCCCUCCUGCACCUGCCAACAGGGUUGCACCUGCGUCACUUGUUCGUCUUGAAAAUCAAACUCCGCCGACUUUAUUACCAAAUUAAUUAAUAAUCAAGUUAUACUAUAUUAUAUAUAUAUAUAUAUAUA